AUGGUGUUGAAGAAAUCCAACUGUGAAGUGAACAGUGGGAACACCAUGCGAACCAACUACUACAACAACUGCAUCCGCCCGACCCACUGUGCCGAUCAUGGCAUCAUCAAGUACCAUCUAGUUGAUGAUCACACUCAGGCCAGAGGUGAUAAUGAAGACAUGGAAAUGUACAAACUUUUAAGUGAAUUCAUCGAUGACGGCGGGAUUUCAGCCGCACGUUUUGAGUGGGAUCGUUUUUACAAUAGUUCGGAUGUUGUUUAUUCAUUAAACAAAAGAAAGCGAUGGUUGAUUUCUGACGAAGUGAUAUGCACAAUUAACCGGACUGACGGUUAUAAAAUUGACCAAUCUGGAGACAUUGUGCCAAGUGACGUGAUGCAAGAGCUGCCAUUUAGACUCGUCCUCUUUGAGCGGUCUCUUAUUCCACAAGCUGCACUCACACGAAGAAAUCAUGCAGACUGUGUGGCCUAUUAUGAUAGUCUGGGAUGUCCCGAAAAUAGCACCAUCUUCCCAACAAGUAAAAAUGAAACUUCGUAUUUCUCCGAUCUCAGAAAGAAUGUAAAUAGGUGUAAAACUGAUUACAAGAAUAACGUUUAUGUGAGAAACGACGCCCAUAACCGACACUAUCGAGGAAUCCAAAGAAGAGAUCAGCUUUGCAGGAAGGAUGUUGAAGAAGACAGAGAGACACCUCCAGAAAAUGAAUCUGUUGUGAAUGGUGAGAAAUAUGAAAUACGCUAUGAAAUCUUUCAUCCACAAGAGAGAACAUCAAAGGCUGGCUAUUGGUCAUAUUUCAUAUAUACAGUGGACUUUGUCCAAACCGGCAUCUGUCUAAACUGGCAUUCUGUGUAA